AUGAAGGUUCUCAUUGCUGUCAUUGCUCUUGUCGGAUGUUCCGUCUACGCUCAACAGGCUCAAAUCUUGCCGGCUGGAAACCAAGGAAACAUGGGAAACCAAGGCGGUCAAGGAAAUAUGGGUAACCAGGGAAGAAUCAUCGGAAACCAGUGUUACGGUAGAAACGAAGAGAUGAAGCAGUGUGGAACUGCUUGUGAACCGACUUGUGCCAAUCGCAACCCGGUUUGCACCAAGCAAUGCAUCAACAACGUCUGCCAAUGUCGCCAAGGAUACGUUCGUCACUCGCUGACCAGACAAUGCGUUCUUCCAUCUCAAUGCAAUAGAAACAACAACUCAGGAACAUCGCAAUCGCCACAGCGCUGUGGAGCCAACGAGACCUUCAGAACUUGCGGAACUGCUUGCGAGCCAACUUGUCAGAACCCAAAUCCACAAGCCUGCACCUUGCAAUGCAUUUCAAACGUUUGCCAAUGCAACCAAGGAUUUGUUAGAGGACCUUCUGGAUGUAUCAGACGCCAACAAUGCUAA